CACGUGUCUCAGUCAGCUGAUGCUAGCUCAGUAGCCGGACGGACGCUUCUCCUGCGGCAGAGACGAGCUGACGGUCAGACAGGAUGCCUUUCUCCGAGCUCUACUUUAACGUUGAUAACGGCUACCUGGAGGGGCUGGUCAGAGGGUUUAAAGCCGGGAUUCUGUCGCAGGCGGAUUAUCUGAACCUCGUUCAGUGUGAGACCCUGGAAGAUCUGAAGCUCCACCUGCAGAGCACAGACUAUGGCAGCUUCCUGGCGAACGAGGCUUCUCCCCUCACCGUGUCCGUCAUCGACGACAAGCUGAAGGAGAAGAUGGUGGUGGAGUUUCGCCACAUGAGGAACCAGUCCUACGAGCCGCUGGCCAGCUUCAUGGACUUCAUCACGUACAGCUAUAUGAUCGAUAACGUCAUCCUGCUGAUCACCGGCACCCUCCACCAGCGGGCCAUCUCUGAACUGGUGCCGAAGUGUCACCCGCUGGGCAGCUUCGAGCAGAUGGAGGCGGUCAACAUUGCCCAGACCCCCGCUGAGCUUUACAACGCCAUCCUGGUGGACACGCCGCUGGCUGCAUUCUUCCAGGACUGCAUAUCUGAGCAGGACUUGGACGAGAUGAACAUUGAAAUCAUCCGUAACACACUUUACAAGGCUUAUCUGGAGGCGUUCUACAAGUUCUGCUCCAACCUCGGAGGAACCACAGCCGACACCAUGUGUCCAAUUCUGGAGUUCGAGGCCGACAGGAGAGCCUUCAUCAUCACCAUCAACUCGUUCGGCACAGAGCUGUCCAAGGAGGACCGCGCCAAGCUCUUCCCCCACUGCGGCAAGCUUUACCCAGAAGGCCUUGCUCAGCUGGCCCGGGCAGAUGACUACGAGCAGGUCAAGGCCGUCGCUGAUUUCUAUCCCGAGUACAAGCUGCUGUUCGAGGGUGCCGGCAGCAACCCAGGCGACAAAACACUGGAGGACCGCUUCUUCGAGCACGAGGUGAAGCUGAACAAGCUGGCCUUCCUCAACCAGUUCCACUUCAGUGUUUUCUACGCCUACGUCAAGCUGAAGGAGCAGGAGUGCAGGAACAUCGUCUGGAUCGCAGAGUGCAUCGCCCAGCGGCACCGCGCUAAGAUCGACAACUACAUUCCCAUCUUUUGAGCUUCCUCUUCCUUCCUUUCCUUCCGCUUCAUCUUCUUUUUCCUUCUUCCCUCCAACAUUUCAUUCAGCCUCACGUGUCUCCUGUCACACCUCGGUGUUAAAGGCUCUGAUGAUUUGAUGCUAGAUUCUUCACUCGUAGGUGUAAAUUGGUUUUCUUGUUGUAAUGAGAGUUCCUGUCGGGCUUCUUCAGAAAGUAAAACAUACAAUCAACUUAAAUGUAGUUUAAAACUGGAAAAGAAUCACGUGAUCCAACAAGAGGCGGUCGGUGCUGGAUUAAAUCAGAUCACCGCGUGGAGCAGGACACUCAUUUGACUUUCAAACGCUUUUCUCCGAUUGUCCAACCUUUCUGACGCACAUUGUGUUUAUUUCAUGCGACACGCCCCUUUUCCACCCGACACGUCAGCUGGUGAAAUACAACAGAAGAAGAAUUUGCAAUUUAAUAAAUCCAGGAAUUAACCCGUCAGACACCAGGACAGAAAAGCGUUGGAAGAGCUGAACUCCCCGAGCAGCAAACACUAACCAUCUCCAGACACAUGAAACACUUAGAGAUUCAGCAUACUGUACGUUUUGAAUUAAUCAAAAUUGAAAAUCACUGAAAAGCAAAACGUUAAUGAACCUCAUGAAAACAUUCCUCUGCUCAGCAUCAGCCUCCACCAGGUUCUGUAUAACCUGUAUUUAUUUCUGUCUUAGUGUUGGUUUUGUCAGCAUGUCUGGUCAUUACUGUGGUUUUCCCCCCCAAGACUAACGAGUGAAAACGUGUGAUUGCUGUCUUAAAUAGAUUGUUGUUGGAUAUUAAAAAUAAAUACAAAACCGCCGAACAGGAACUUCCAGUCGUCACCGUCCCUGUUCCUGCGUGAACUCUUUAAGUUUCUGUAAAUGAGCGUACUGGAUUGAGGCAAAGUGUAGUUGAGUAUAUGACAGACGUAAUGUUUAAAGUAUACAAAGAUAUAUAGAUAUUUAAAGAUGACUAUAUGAUUUUUUUUGUUUUUUUCAUGCUGUAAAAAUUGAUUUAUUGCCGUUUUGAUCUGUUUCUUACUUGUGAAAUGUGUAUUGUAAAUGUGACGGAAAAUUAAACGGACUUAACUGCA